AUGUCUGACUCUUCCGAUAGCAAUUCGAAAACCUGUCGUGCACGCACACUUCACUGUCUCUCUCCAGCUGAUUUCUCCAGCCAAUUGAUCAACCAGCCAGAGGUACUGAGAACUUUUACUGAGUUUACCGAACCCUUGUCUAAUGCCAGAAGUAGCAACAAUCUCUUACACCCCUCUGCUCAGUUAGGCGAAUUGACUGCAACGACCACUUCUCUGCCGUUGGGAGGAGUUUAUCAAGUGCCUGACAUAAAUAACAGCACCGCGCGCUGCAUGGCUGCAGUGGCUGCUGGUGCUGGCCCUAUGCUAGUGAGAUUAAUCUCUCGAGCUUCCUUUGCAGAAAAGACCGGUAUAUUAAGGGAAUUUAUAAAGUCUGAAAGCAAGACGUCCUCUGAUAACCGAAAAUCUCCUGUUUUGUUCGGCUCGAAAAAUGACAUGCCAGAAGUAACAACAGACCAACUAAUUCAUCCUCGC